AUGGGGCUGUUUCUUUUCUUUCUCUUGUUCUUCUCAGUUCAAGCAGAGGUCAUUUCGCUACCAUCAAAUACUACGGAUACCCAGAUCCAAUCCACUGGGUUUCGUAUUGAGGGAAGCACUCUGACUGGCCAGAAGCUUGUCCCUUUAACCGAGUCGCUGAUUCAAUCGACCACUGACCACCUCAAGACCUUUAACUUCUCCGGCACUGCCACUCAAGUCAUCCCAAGCAAUUCCCUCGAUAUAAAGACCUACCAAAUCGCUUGCAUAUCUUGCGACCAGGACGACUAUACCGGAAAUAUCCGAGUUGACGAGACAAUUGAAUACGUCACCUCUGCUCAAUCCGUGGCAGCCAUUCUGCUAUACAGCAAAACAGCUACCGGCUGCAAUUUCACUUCCGAUGAUAAGACCGCUACACCGUAUUCCAAUAUCUUCACAUUCACAAGCCAAGGCGGCUACUCUGCACUACUCCGUGCUUUCGAUCAACCAACAACUAUCAGCAUCGUCUCAAUGUCGUACCUCUCCGGUGUUCCUUCCGAUGGUAACCCCGGUGGUACUGGUGACAGUCCAAACACUGCCAUGAUCAUCCUGUACAGUAUCACGGGUAUCAUCACUGCCUUGUUCCUAGGCAUUAUCAUCACAGGUGCAGUCCGGGCUCAUCGCCAUCCAGAGCGAUAUGGCCCUCGCCGGAUUGCCGGGCGAGUCCGGCAAAGCCGUGCCCGAGGUAUCGCUCGAGCCAUGUUAGACACCAUACCCGUCGUCAAGUUUGAUGACAAAAACGAUGACGUGGAGGCUGCCAAAAGACACGUCGAGAUGACCAUGGACCCUGAGGAUCACGAGAACUCCCACGAUAACUCCCCGCCCGAGGCCAAUGGAGGGUUAUCGACACCCCGCGAAUCCGAAAUGCCAACCCCAGACGAUAAUGAGCGCCCCACCCCCACAGCCCCCGAAGCCAAGACCGAGAUGCCCGAUGCUGGUAACUUCUCGUGUCCGAUUUGCACAGAUGACUUCAUCAAGGGCCAAGACCUACGCGUCCUACCCUGUAACCACCAAUUCCACAUGGAAUGCAUUGAUCCAUGGUUGAUGAACGUUUCUGGCACCUGUCCCCUUUGCCGCAUCGAUCUCAACCCACCCCAACCCGAAAACGAAACCGAAGAAAACGCCGACCAAGCCGACCAACCACCCGCAGAAGGACGAAUCCUAACCACGGAAGAUGCCCGCCAGCAAGCCCGUCAGCAAGCCCGCCAUACGCACCGCCGUCUAACCAACUAUCUCCACGGACCCCUCAACGCCCGACGAAUGCGCGAUGCCACCGUCGAGGAGCGCCUUGCCGCGCUCCGACGCGUUCGCGAAGCAAACCAAGGCGAGUCUGCGCCCGAAGAAGGAUCACACCGUGGCCUGACCACCCGACUACGCGAACGCUUCCGCAUCCGAACACGCGCUCACGGCGUCGAGGCUGAGUCUUCCGCUGACGCGGACAAUGCUGCGCCUUCUCCGGCGGCUCCGGCGCCCGCCCAUCUCACGCCGUCUACUGCUUGA